GCUUUUGCCUGGUUACUUUCCUGACAUAUAGAUAGUUUGGAAUUACCGGUGAGCAAAGAUAAUAAUUUAUUGUUUCAUUCAGUCUUUAAGGAUUUGUGAUAUGAGUUUCUGUGAAUGACAAAGCUAUUGCAGUUCAUCUUCUUUAUUUAAAAGGUUGUAUAUCUAUAUCUCUUCUUUAUUAGUUGAUAUAUCAUAUAUGUUGUUAUGGUAUCAAUUUUUUUAAGUCUAUUUAAUUGUUUUUUUUUCUAUUCUUUUUUCCAACUUAUUGUUUACCUAGCAAUGGGAACACCUUUCUUCUCUGCAUGUUAGAAUCGCAGUGGUUGCAGCUUAGAUGCAAUAUUCAGUUUGUUUUUGUUAGCUUGAAUGAUUCUCUUUUAGUCUCUAUCCUUCCCUUCUUUCAGUUCAAUGACCUGUUCUCAAAUUUUUAUGCUUCAUAGAGGACUCCAUGAGAGGAAUUUGAUUGCAGGGAAACGAGAAACAAUUUUUUGGUGUUGUGGUUUCAACUUCCAUACUCUGCAUAAUAGAAAUACGGUUUGAGUAAAAAACUCAAGAGACUACAAACCGCUUACCAUGGUUGGAUUGGAACUCAUACCGAUAGGUACAAUUUUGGCUGUUUUAACUAGCCAGGUUGUGAGAACAGCUAAUGCUGCAAAAGAUGUUCUUAUCGACAAAGAAAGUUUUAAUAUCCUUUCGAAACACCUGCUUGAUAUUGCACCAGUCCUAAAGGAAUUGCAGCUUCAGGAACUGAAUGAGUCACAAGCUGCAAGGGUUGCUCUGGAGUCUCUUGAAUCAGAUGUAAAACAAGCAAGUAAUUUGGUUGAGAAGUACAGGAACAGCGGCCGUUUUUACUUACUUAUGAAGUGUCGUUACAUAGUCAAGGAAGUUGAACAAGUCAUUAGGGAUAUCGGAAGGUCUCUAGCUGCAUUGUCUCUUGCAAAUACUGAAGUCCUAUCAAGAAUUUCUGAUCAAGUCAACAGACUACAGAGUGAGAUGCAAAGGGCCGAGUUUGAGGCUUCACAAUCUCAGCUUGACAUUGUUGAUAAGUUGAACCAUGGAAUUAAGGAGCAAAAAUUAGAUCAGGCUUUUGUGAACGAUAUGCUCGAAGAGAUAGCAAGGGCAGUCGGGGUGCCAGUGGAGCCUUCAGAGAUCAGCAAAGAGAUAGCCAGCAUUAGGUGGGAAAAAGAAGAAGCUGCAAACAGGAAAGAAAGAGCAGAAGUUAUAUUUUUGGAGCAGAUCAUUUUGCUACUCUCUCAAGCUGAUACAGCAAGUGAUUUCGAAGAAGUUAAGAAGCAAUAUUUUCAAAGGGUUCAGGUAAUAGAAAGAUAUGGUUCAAGGGAAAAAUAUAUUCCGCCACUUAAUUCUUUCUGUUGUUCGAUAACUGAAGCUGUUAUGGUAGAUCCUGUCAGUCUUUGCACCGGUACUACAUGUGAGAGAUCUGCCAUCGAAGUUUGGUUUGAUGAUGGCAAUAUGACUGACCCGAAAACGAAAGAGGUUCUUGAAGAUACUACCUUAAGGUCGAACAUUCGGUUAAGAGAAUCCAUAGUAGAGUGGAGAGAACUUAAUUGCUGCUUCAGAAUAAAGUCUAUCAGGGAAAACUUAUUAUCUAAUUCUGGCUUAUUAUUGCACGAGUCCUUGAGUCAGAUGCAGGCUCUCAUAAAAGAGAAUUCGAUUAAUAAGGAUUGGAUUUCUAUAGGAGAACUUACUGAUAUUAUCAUCUCCAUCCUUGGGAACUCUGAUUCUAUAGAUGUCAAGAUGAAGAUCUUGAUUACUUUGAAGGGUGCUGUUGAGGGGCAUGCAAGAAACAAGGAAAAAGUGGUUGAAUCUCAAGGAUGGCGAUACAUUAUUUCCUGCUUACACAAUGACUCUAGAGUAAUAAAGGAAGUAGUUGAUUUGCUCUAUGAAUUGCUUCAAGACCGUUCUGGUUGGAAUAAAAGUUUCUGCGAAAAACUUUCUGAGCAUCCCAGCACGGUCAAUUACCUUGUUACCAUUCUAAACGGACCUGUCAGCGAUUCAAUUGAAACUGCAGAAAAGAUUUUGACGGAGCUUUUUGAAAUAGAUGAGGAAAAUAUUUGCUGUGCUGCUAAGUUUGGCUGGUACAAAGCACUUGUUGAUCGCAUGAUUCAAGGUCCAAUCUGGAAUUUGGUCUGUGCUUUACAACUUGGUUCAAGCCUGCACAGGCUCUCAUCGAAGACCAACAUAUAGCUAAUGCCGCAUUGCAUCAUGGCUUGUAGUGAAUUGGAAUGGUUUAUGUUUUGCAAUGUACUGUUGGUGUAUAUACUUAUUUAUGUGUUGAUGAUGUUUCUGAGGAUUUCUGAAUGGUUAGGACAACAACGUGCAUCACAAUAAUUGGAACCGUUGUUUGUUGAUAGCUUGCGUUGUUGUUGAUCCACAGUGCAUGAGAUCAUGAUUUGUAUUAUCUGAUGAGCAUUGUUUACAAUUGGAAUUCCUUCUCCACUAAACAUGUGAUUGAUUACAGGUGUUUAUGGUAUGGCAUUGACUUGACAGCAGGUUUAGUAUAGGUUUGGUGCAGAUUUCGUGCUGCAGGGUCUAGGAUCUUACCAUGAUGCAGCCAUGAUACAAGCAGGUCAUGACUAUGGUUUGUCUGUAGGUGGAUUGUUGUUUUAUUGUAGGUUGAUGGUUCAGCUCAUGUUGUAAUGAUGCUUGUGUAAUGUUUAUGUAUGGACUGCCGCAGGCCUUAAUGAAUG